AUGGUCCUGCCAAACAGACCAUAUGUUCCAGGGAUGAAUGGUCCAGGACCAGCUCCUCCACUUCCACCUGGUCCACCGCCGACGUCUUACGCACCGGCUCAGGAUCAAUCCGCGAGCUCUCAAGCGGCAUGGGCAGCCUACUACCAGUCGCAAGGGAUGGCAAGCGGAGGAGGUUAUAACGCCGCGGGAGCUUCUCAGCCACAAUCGGCUCAACCCUCAGCCGGCGCUCCGAAUCCUUACGCCAACUAUGGAUACGGUGCAGGCGCGCAGCACUCUGCCCAUGCGUCAGGGCAUCAUCGACCGCCAGCUCAAGGGUACAGGCCUCCAGCUACCCAGUCCUACGGACAGCCGAUGCCUCAACAGCAGUAUGGACCUCAGCAGCCGUACAACCCGCAAGCCCCGGCGUACGGACAAGCAGGUUACGCUGCACAGACGCAAGCUCAACCUGCUUAUGGAGCCGCCACAACCUACGGAGCUCCGGCGCACAGUCAACAAGCAUAUCGACCGCAAUCUGCUCCUGCUCCUGCUCCUGCUGCUCAACCUUAUAAUAACCAACAGACAUACUACCCUCAACAAGCUGGUCCUCAACAGCCUCAGCAAACUUACUCUCCCGUUCGUCCGCAGGUCAACCAGCAAUAUCGUCCGGCCCAUACUCCUUCACCUAUGCAGGCUCAAAAUCGGCCAUAUCAGCCUGCCGGACCGGCACCUCGCGCGCCUUCAGGCCAGGGUCGACCGCCCCAGGCGCAACAACCUCAGUCUGGGUUCCCUCCCGCCAAACGACCGCGAUUCGACUCACCUCAAGGCGUGGCAGGCGCAGCAGCAGGUCCGAUGACAACCGGAGGCACAGGAGUACAUGGACUUCCAAACACACCCAUGCAAAGUUAUACACCGCCUCGUCCACCUGCGUCGAUUCCAGUGAGGCCCUCUGGGCAAAACUUUAAUUCUCGUCCUCCUGCUCUUCCUCAUCCUCCCAAUGGUCCGAGUGCCAGUCGAUCAUCGUCUGGUAUCGGCGGACCCUCAUCACUCCCUGCUCCUCCUAUUCCAAGACCUCCAAUUCAUCUCGGGCUCGGUGGACCUCCUCCCUCUCUUCCUUUCGGCGGACAGCUUCGUGGUGGUAUGAUGGGCGGCGGUCUGGGUAUGAGAGGCGGCCUGGGCGGACGAGGAGGCCGUGGUGGAUUGAUGAACGCUCCUAGGGGUCCCGCCGGAAUGCGCAGACCCGAUGCUUCUCGAGGCCAUCGAGAUUCAGACAAGAAGCGGAGAGACAAAGAUCGCGAUCGUGAUCAUAGGGAGAAGGAGCCGAAGACCACCAUGUCUGACUUCAGAAUCAUUGGUAUUGAAAUGAAGAAUAUCGGCUGGAGCUGGGGCGUACUCGGAGAUGAUUCCGAAGUUCAAGCCUCCAAUGAUGCCACGGAGAAAGGAGAAGCAAAGGUCGAAGAGAUCGAGGCAGAGAAGGCUCCAAACGGCUUUGCAGAGUCAAAAGUUGAAAACAAAGCUGCUCCGGAAACUGGAGAAGGUCCUGUGAAGGGAGAAGGUCCUGUGAAGGGAGAAGAAGAGUUGACGAAGGAUCUCUCGGAUGUUGUGAAAGUGGAUCCCGAAAGUGUUAGUAAAGUGGAAUCUGAACAUGCGAAUGCGGGCGCUGUAGGAGUCGAGUCGAAGAAUCUCGGCGAAGCUGAAAACAAGGCCGGUUCUCUUGACGCGUCCGAGGGCGCCGAAGAGAAGACAGGUGCUAAGCGCAAAGCGAAGACUUCAGAAGGUGGUGAAGAAGAAGGAUCAGCUUCUAAGAAGCAUCAGGGAGGAGGCUAUGCGGUGACUCACGGCAGGCCAAAUGAUCCUUCUGCUCCGCCUCGAGACUCGAAUCAGAAUCGGUUCCGUAUUUACUUUGAAUCUCCUCCCGAGCUGGAUCGGAUUCCGAAAGCUCUAAGGCGGAAUCCAAACAAACGGUGGAGGAGAGAAGACAGUGAAAGUGUAGCUCCAAGUGUUGCUGGAGAUCGUGUGAGGGAGGGCACCGUUGGUACCGUGGGGACUGUCGAACCUGUGGAGGAGGAGAAUGUGGAAGAUGGCGACAUCGCUGCCCCAGGUUUGAGCGGAGAACUUACCCAGGCGGCCAAGGAAGUCGCUGCCGAUCAGGCAGGUUCGGAUUUGCAAGCUACGAAACCAUCAGCUACUAGCUUGGCAGUCGCUGAAGAAAACUCGGGAACUAAUAGAGACGCGGUAGCGGAAACCCUCAAGGAGUCUACCGGAGACGAAGUGACUGAGCUGUCAGCUCCGGAACUAGUUUCUGAAGAUGCCUUGGGAAAUGCGGAAGCCGUCACAGUGGAAAGAGCUGCCGAGGUCGACCCAUCCACCUCGCAUGGGGAAGCCGGGGACAUCUCCAUGGUCACUGACGCCGGUGCGAUCGAGACUGCCAUCAACGAUCUCGUCGACGAAGCUGCGGCGAAAACAGCAGUGGGGGACGCGGUCGUCGAAGGACCAGCAGCUAUCAGUGAUCACGACCCGGUCGUCGAUGUCGAGCAAGGAGAGCAGGAGGUCGUCGAGUCAACAGAGACUCAAAAUGCGCCGGCUGUAACAGGCGGGGAGUCUACUGCAGUCUCAGCGGAAGGUGCUACAGGAACUCAAGCCGGCAAUGAGACACCUAAAGUCUCUGUGGAGGAAGCCCAAGCAUUAGCCGACUCCGCAGAGAACACUGCAUCGGCAUACAAAACCCGCGCUCGCAGGAGGUCAUCGGUCAGUUCGAAUGCUUCGGAGGAUUAUUCACCCGAUUCUGCGGCCAAAGAGAGUGGUCCAUCACUCAAUCGACUGUCAAUCUUGUACGAGGAGUCCUCGCGACGGAUCUGUAUUGAUGCGGUGGUGGUGGAGAAAGUCCGGAUCCAUCGCAAAGAAGGCAAGAUAGAGGUGAUCUUCGUCAAAGACUUGCUUCAAACUGCUGAGGCUAGCUCGGACGACACGCCGGUGUCAUUGCUUCAGGGUAUACUGGUGGAGACCUACGACUCGGCAGAUCAGCGAUUCGUCUCGUCUACCAGAGAAAAGCUUGAAGAGAUCUGGUCGAGUGAAACAGAAGAAAACAUUACCGUUCCGCCUUUCCACAAAGCUUUCCCACAAAAUGCGGAGAGUCCGCUUGUCUUGUCCGUGUAUUUGAACAUGCGGAAGCCCCUCAGCGAGCCGAAAUGGUGUCGUAACAACUCGGCAGACGACUGGUUGAUCGAGCAAUUCGGUACCAGACGAGCAAGCUCUGAGACUGGGUGGCAUGGAAAGUUGGAGAUUGUAGACCCUGAUCCGUCGCCCACCCUUCAAUCCAUCAUGGACAGCUGGGUAGCAUCCGCAUCUUACGGCACAACUCAUUCCCGUCGAGCAUUCACCUCAUCUCUCCUAUCCGACCCUAACGACCUUGUCGAAAUACUCCUCCGCCUCGCUCGGGGUGAUCGUCCUUCCACAGCAUCAAGUAGCUCAACUCUCGGUCCUCUCGCUUCCGUUAUCCGACCUGAUUCGCCGUAUGCCUCUCAUCAGACCCACGUGUCUUUGGCGAUCCUCGCCAUGUACCGCCUGACAACGGAUUACGCUGCCAAAGCGGGAGAAAAGACCGAAGUUGUGAACGAAAAGGUCACAGAUAUCAUCAAGAGUCUUCCGACUGGGCUCAUACACAAGAGCCUGGAAGGUCUCUUCAGGGAAUGGGGAACUGGAGGCAAAUCUGACAAAUGA